ACACGACACCGACAGUCAUAGUGCCACUUGGACGUCCUAGCGAGGAGGAGUGCCUUACCUCCCGUUGCUGGAUCCUUUAUAGGAUAUUUUCUCUCUGCGUGGCUAGUCUCGAAGCCCCCCUCGCCUCUCCACGAUGCAUGAUGUUUUCGACUCAAUCCGGGGUCUGCUCAAGGUGGACUCCCUCAGCGUGGACAACAAGAUCUUCCAAAUGCACUACAAAGUCACGAUGUUCUUUCUCCUGGCGUGUAGCUUGCUCGUGACACAGCGGCAGUACUUCGGCGACCCCAUCGACUGCAUCGUGGAAACGGUGGAUCAGGAGGUGAUGGAUACCUACUGCUGGAUCCACGCAACGUUCACUAUCCCUGAAAUGAACGGCGCCGUCGUCGGGCACGAGGUGGCGCACCCGGGCAUUGCGAACCCAAACGUCCCCGGGGAAGAGAAACGGGAAAUCAAACACCACAAGUACUACCAGUGGGUGACCCUCGUCCUAGCGAUACAGGCCCUCUUCUUUUACGUCCCGCGCUACCUGUGGAAGAUGUGGGAAGGAGGCAAGAUUAAGAUGCUGGUGAUGCAGCUUGACUCCCCCAUUGUUGACGACGACGUGAAGAAGGAGCGCAAGGACAUGCUCGUCUCUUACUUCAGGAUGAAUAUGAAUAACCAUAACUUCUACGCGUUUAAGUAUUUCUCCUGCGAGGUUCUGAACUUCAUCAAUGUGAUCGCACAGAUUUACGUGACGGAUGCGUUCCUCGGCCACAGUUUCUCGAGGUACGGCCGAGAGGUGAUCGAGUUCAGCCAGCAGGAGAUCACCUCGCGAGACGACCCGAUGGACCGCGUGUUCCCCAAGGUGGCCAAGUGCACCUUCCACAUGUCAGGGGCUUCGGGUAGCCUGGAGAAGCACGACGGACUCUGCGUUCUCCCGCUCAACAUCUUCAACGAGAAGAUCUACAUUUUCCUGUGGUUCUGGUUCAUCAUCGUAGCUGUGAUCACGGCCGUCGGUCUGCUCUACCGCAUCGCCACCUUCCUCCCCGGCUUCAGGCAGAUCCUCCUGAAGACUAAGUCGCGCCUCGCCUCCUCAGGGACGGUCGAGGCAGUCACUCGCCGCUGCGAAAUCGGCGACUGGUUCCUGCUCUAUCAGCUGGCCAAGAACAUGGAUCCUCUCAUAUACAAAGAAUUCCUGAGCGAACUUGCCUACAAACUGGACGAAAGCUGAUUUCCGAAGCGUCACAGAAAAAAAAAAAAACACAUUUCUUUUCUUGUACCAAAGACCAUAAGGUCAUCCCAUAUCAAGAAACUUUGAAUUAUGGAGAGGUGGGUAUAGCCUGUAGAUAUUUCAUGCUUUUUGUUGUAACUUAGAAAAGUAUGGGAAUGAAUUUCUCUGUGGAAUAGGAGGAAAAUAAGAAAAUAUUUGUUGUACAGUUAUCCCAUCACCAAAACACCCCACAUUCCUUAAACUACAAUAAUGAUGUAAUAUGAGUCCCAGUUUAUAUGUGCUUUCCUUACAUUGUAUAAUAGAGUAUGUGUGUGGUCAAUAAAUACCGGAUAUUGUGUGUCGGAUUCGCGUACGAUGUGUAUUAUGAUUUUUUUUUUCAUUUUAAUAAAGGCUUAUUUGUAUA